AACUUCCAUUUUGUCCGCUCAGAGUAAUUUAGUCCCCCCUUCACUGACGAAAACUUGUGGUCUCUGUUCCUUCAACCUCUAUUAAAGCCCUCUCUCCGAUAAGCUUCUCCCUCUUCCACCGUCUUUUCACUUUUCACCUUCAUCUCUCCCAUGGCGGCCGCCCUCUCCGCCGCCUUAGGGCCCAAACCACUCCAUCUCUUCCUUGCUUCCUCUCAUCUCUCCCAUAAACCUCGAACUCCGUUUCUGUUUCCACCUUCAGUCUUUCGGAACAGUAGAAUCCAACGGAAGAUGCGGAGAAAAACGCUGUUCACUGUCUGCGUGCUCGUUGAGGAUCAAAAUAGCUCUGGCGAGGUGGAGAAUCUUUCCGAUGAAGAACCGCCGAUUGUAGUCCCCCAGAUCCCAUCGCCUUAUGUUGCACAAAGAUUGGCAAGGAAGAGAUCGGAGCGCUUCACUUAUCUUGUUGCUGCGGUUAUGUCUAGUUUUGGAAUUACCUCCAUGGCUGUCAUGGCGGUUUAUUACCGAUUUUACUGGCAAAUGGAGGGCGGAGAGAUUCCUUUCUCUGAAAUGUUUGGUACAUUUUGUCUCUCUGUUGGUGCCGCUGUCGGCAUGGAGUUUUGGGCGAGAUGGGCUCAUAGGGCUCUCUGGCACUCUUCCAUGUGGCAUAUGCACGAGUCGCACCAUAAACCAAGAGAAGGGCCGUUCGAACUGAACGAUGUCUUCGCCAUUAUCAAUGCCGUGCCCGCCAUAGCUCUCCUCUCUUACGGCUUCUUCCAUAAAGGCCUCGUCCCCGGUCUCUGCUUCGGCGCUGGCCUUGGAAUUACGGUCUUUGGGAUGGCCUACAUGUUCGUCCACGACGGUCUUGUUCACAAAAGAUUCCCUGUGGGUCCCAUUGCCAACGUGCCCUAUUUCAGAAAGGUCGCUGCCGCUCACCAGCUUCACCAUUCGGACAAGUUCAACGGCGUGCCAUAUGGACUGUUUUUAGGUCCGAAGGAAUUAGAGGAAGUGGGAGGCCAAGAAGAAUUGGAGAAGGAAAUCAACAGAAGAAUAAAAUUGACGACAACAAAAUCAAUCAACGGCUCUUGAUGAACAAAUAUUGUGUGGAAAUGAGACGACGAAAAAAGGGGGGAAAUACAGGCCUCACAGAACAGUAACUUUUCUGUUUUUUAACAUUGAAAAGUGAAAUAUUAUGUAGAACAGGGUGGGUGUAUUUUUUUAUCUUCUUUUACUUAUGAGGCAAAGCCGUUGAGAAAUGAUGAAGAAAAUAGGGAUGGUAAGAGAUAGAAAUAGAUAAAAUAGAAGAAAGCUGCCAUAUUUAUUA